UGUGUGUGUGUAUGUGUACGACGACCGUUUAUUUAACAAACGACCGCAACAAACGCCCGCUGAACGUGUCCAUACGUUUUGUGAAGAAAAUAGCUUCGCAAGAAAAGAUUGGAUUUUGAAUCGAAUUAAAGAAGAGUUUUUUAUUCCAACAUGGGACGUCGUCGCUCAAAGAGAAAGCCCCCACCAAAGAAGAAGUUGGUUGGAACAUUGGACACACAGUUUACAUGUCCGUUUUGUAACCACGAAAAAGCCUGCGAUGUAAAAAUGGAUCGAACAAGACAGAUUGGCGUCAUUUCCUGUAGAGUCUGCCUAGAAGAUUUCCAAACCAACAUUAACUAUCUAACAGAGCCAGUAGAUGUGUACAGCGACUGGAUUGAUGCUUGUGAAUCAGCUAAUGGGUAGCACGCUCAACAUCAGCAUGGGGAAAACAAAUAGGGGUCGAACUUCGCAACAAUCCAAUUUGUUUUGGAGUCUAGACAAUCUUUGUUUGGCAUGGGCCUUUGAGGCAGUGUUAAACUGACAUUGGUUUAUUUCUUAAGUGGCUUAUAAUUUUUUUAAGUCACUGAAGGUGCAAAAGAGCAGUUGACAUUCUGAGUUAUUUCUCAUUUGCCUUUCAGAGAGAAAGGUUCCUUGCUUUCAAUUUGGCAAUUCUGAAAUGCUUGUCUGGUUCCUCGUGUGUACUGUUUUUAUAAGUAUGGAAACUCAUCAAAGUUAUAGAUGGACCAGACUGUAUUUUCCUUUCUGCCUCGGUUUGGUUUGAAUGGGUGAUUAGCUUGCCAUGACAGUUCUAUGGUGUAGCUUCCCAAACGCUUAUUAAUUGUACUGAGCACUAAACUAAAAGUGUAGAAAUCUACAGUCAUUGCAUCAAAAAAUUGCCUUCAAAACGGAGCCCAAUUUUAUAAUGCUGCUAAAGUAUAUUACUUGACACAUUUCUGCAGAAAUGAGCAGGAUACCAGUCAUAAGUUGUACAUGUGACAUGGUAGUUCGGCAAGUAACAGUCUUAUGCCAAGUUAUGCUUGGCUGUUUUUUUGGUGCUUAAGCAGCCCCAGAAAACAACAACAAUAUUUGUUAUUUUGUGGUAACGUUCAAAACGCGAUCAACAUCAAUAAAAUAAUUGGUUUUGAUCCGUAAUUUUCUCCUCUUGUUUAAUGUGGCUUUAAGAAACACAUAAAAAGUUCCUUGUUCCAUUUUAUAAGCUAGCUGCUAAGAACACAAUGUAUAUUGUUUAUCAGAAUGGUUUGUGUGCUUUUUGAAUUGUAUCUGACUGUUUCUCAAGUAUUUUGCUCUAAAGUAGUUUUUGACAAUUUUAUGUUAUUUUUUUAUAAUUACAGCUGAAUGAGGCUAGGCCUGUUUAUUCCAAUCAAGCUGCAUUUCCUUUCGUUUCUGUACAGUUUUAGAAUAUCGGGAAGUCCACAAUACAUGAAUUCCUUGAUGAUUUUCUACAGUUAGAACUACUGUGUAAAUAAUAAAUAUACUAGGAUUAAUUGAAUAAGCCAAUUAAUAUGAAUUUAGCCUUUUAAUAGUGUUUGAAGUAUUUUACAACAGUUGGUACUUGAAGUAUUUUACAACAGUUUUACAAUGGGUUACAAGUUGCAGGGAUGAGAAACUUUCAGAUAUAGCUACAAAUCUUUUUAGAUGUAGAAAAAUCCUGCUCGUUGAUACACUUCUCUAGUGUCGAGGAAAUUUCCCAGAAGUUCCUUGAAAUCUUUAACUCAAAAUGUGGAGCAAUAACUUUCACUCCUGUAGUUAAGUUUUAGUCCAAUGUACAGAUUUCCCUACUGGGCAGUCUACCACCACCUAUCCCCAUGGAUGAUUUGCUUGUGUGAAAACAAAUCUGCUGAAACCAUAAAGCUGUUAACCAAAAACAAUUUCUAAGCACAGAAAAAUAACAAAGUACUGGUAAAAUUCCAAUAAAUUAAACAAAAAACUUUGAAUGAGAAGAUCCUAAAAGAAAAACAUACCACACUCAACAAGGGUUUUAAACGUAAUUCAAAUUUUUAUUUCGCAUGUAAUCAUUGCAAAAUUUAAGCAUAAAUAUGGAUACAAAUUAAUAAUAUUUAAAGUACAGUUCUUUUUGUCAGGAACUACGUCAUAAAGAUUCUGUGAAUAAAAUACAUUUUUUCUUCAUAAUUACGGUUAUGUGACGUGGGUUGAUAAAUUUCUUUAUUUGGAUAUCGCAUUAUCCUUUGAGCAAAACUGUGUUAGAAUCUAUCCACAUGCUUAUACCGGUAUACGUUAAGGCUAAAAGAUUGUACCUUGUAAAUUUGAGAACAGUAUUUUUGGAUGUGCUAGCUCAACAAGCUAAAGCAUCAAUUGUAUUAGUAAACCUCCCUAGUUGUAGGCAAGUAUUAAGUUUUUAAAAACAAGUAACACCUUCUAAACAGUGAUGUUCAAAAUUAAUUUGCUGCCAUUGGAAUUAAGUGUUGAUUUUGUCCUAAAAUUAAUCCUACCAACCAAAGACGAUGUUGUUAUUCCAAAAUUUAUCUGACUUGGCACAGACAGUUUUGUAUGUUGAAUCAAAUGAUGUUACUUGAUUGAUAAAUUCAAUUCAAAACAACUUUUUGAAGACCCAAAUUUACAAUGGAAAAAAAAGAAGGCAGCAUCGCCCUGAAUGAAAUUACCAACGGAAAUAAAAGAAUUAACGACUUCCUCUUCCCAAGUCACAGGUAGCUGUCGAAUCAAUCUGUAUUCUCAAUAAGGGUUGCGAAACAAAUUAUGAGUUUCCGUUGAGACAACGGUUCCAGACGUUAAUGAAAUGUAACUCAAGAUCGUCAAGUUACCAUGACAGCUUUCUGUUCAAGGGCGACGUAUAAAUGGAUUUAUUUCACCACAUCUAUGAAGCUGAAAUACAUUCUUGGAUUUUAAGAAUAAAGAGAUGUGUGACAAUAA